UUCAUAUGAAUAGGAACGAUGCAAUCUCAAACACAUUUCAUGUGAAAAGGGAAAGACAAAAUAUAACAUGUCGUAAGUUACAAUCGGCUAAUUGUGAUUUCAUUUCAUUGACAAGAAGAAAUCAUUGGAAAUACUCAAGUGGAGAUCAUGCAAGCAAUCUAAAGAAAGCAAUUUGCAAGGCCAAAGAUCAGGGAAUAUAUGACUCGGAGAGUGACUGGAGAGGAACUUCCCCUGCAGAGUUGAUCCAUUGUUUCUAUGAGAUGAUCAAUAAUAGGAACACUAAGGAAUUUGAUCAAAUUAUUUCAGACGACUGCAGCUACGAGGACUUAUCGUUCUACAAGCCACUCCAAGGAAAAGAGGAAGUUAAGGUAUUCCUAGUAAAGCUGAUGAAUUGCAUGGGUAAGAAGGCGAAAUUUGUCAUUGAAAGCAUGGUGGAAGGAAACCAACUUGUAGUUGGUGUGAUGUGGCAUCUGGAGUGGAACAGUAAAGUGGUUCCUUUCACCAAAGGAAUCAAUUUCUAUGAAUGCGACUACAAGAGUAAAAAACUGGUCAUCAGGAGGGUUAGAAGCAUAAAUGAAUCACCAUUCAAACCAGGGGAUCUAACACUGAAACAGCUCAAAAUAAUCACUUUUCUAUUCGACCACUUUCCAUGGAUAGCUGAAAGGUUCCUAGAACGGCCAUAUGCUGCAGUUGAAUGGCUCAAAAAAAUCUAUAGCAGGCUCAUCAAGCCUUUUAUAUGGCCAUUAUAUUAUCCUGUCAUGGUAUAUUACAAAAGGCUCUGGAGCAUGUUCGCUUACAGCUUUGGCUACAUAUUUGCUUUAUUUGUCAAGAUUCUUGAAAUGUUUCAGGGAUGAGAACAAAAUUUCUUUAUACAACAUAAGCUGCAGUCGAA